AUGGAGACGCUCCGGAACAUGUUUGCGAAACCAGACCCCCAGGCACAGUACCGAAAAUGCAACGCCCUCCUCCGAGCCAACAUGCGCAAACUCGACCGCGACAUCGCCUCGAUCAAACAAACCGAAACCAAAACCAAAAACCUCAUCAUCGCCGCCAACAAGCGCGCCCAACGCGGCGACCCAGCCCGACAAAAACAAGCCCAGCGCGAAGUCCGCGACUUCGCGCGCGAGCUCAUCCGCACGCGCAAAGCCGGCGACCGCCUCGUCACCGGCCGCGCCCAGCUCGCCAGCGUGCAGAUGCAGGUCAGCGAGGCGUUUGCGCUGCGCCGCAUCGAGGGCAGUAUCCGUGCUGGCGUGGGGAUCAUGAAGGAUGUGAAUGCGCUCGUGCGGCUGCCGCAGUUUGCGCAGACGAUGCAGGAGUUGAGCGUGGAGUUGAUGAAGGCCGGGAUUGUGGAGGAGAUGGUGGGGGAGGUGUUGCCUGUGGAUGGGGAUGCCCUCGGGGAGGAGGAGGAGGAAGCUGAGGGGGAGGUGGAUAAGGUGCUGGGGGAGAUUUUGAAGGAUCGGAUGGAGACGGCGGGGCCGUUGCCGAGUGUGCCGUUGCCCGCGCAGGGAGAGCAGCAGCAGGCGGUGGCACAGAAACAACAGCAGCAGCCUGUUGAGGAGGAGGAGGAGGAGGAGGAUACUGAGGCGAUGAUGGACCAGAUGCGGAACCGGCUGGAGGCGCUGCGGAGUUGA